AAUCCACUUCCGCUGUUGUCCAGGAACCUGUAACAGAAAUUCUAAAAAUAGAUAAAUUUUCAUCGUUUUUAAAAUUAAGACGCAUAUUUGCGUAUGUAAAUAGAUUUAUACAUAAUAUUAGACAUAAAAAUCCUAAAGAUAAAUUAUUUGGUAAAUUUAGUGUUACUGAAUUAGAAUCAUCCUUUACUAGCCUAUGUAAAAUUGCUCAGCAAACUUCAUUUGCUGUAGAGUACAAUAUUUUGUUAAAAAAUAAAAAUUUAAGUAGCAAAUCAUCUCUCUUGUCACUUUCACCCUUUUUGGAUGAUGACAAGGUGAUGAGAGUCGGUGGUAGAAUAGAAUUAUCAAAUUAUAAUUAUACUAAAAAACAUCCCAUACUUUUACACGCCUCUCAUCCACUCACCAAAUUAUAUUUCAAACAUGAACACUUACGGAACAUGCAUGCCGGGCCUCAACUGUUGCUGGCCUGUGUAAGAGAAACUGUGUGGCCUAUAAACGGUAGGCACUUGGCCCGCCGCACAGUACAUGCCUGUGUCAGAUGUAGACGUAUUCAAGGUAAAACAUUAACUCCCAUGAUGGGAAACUUACCUGCACAGCGCAUCACACCUGAUUUUCCAUUUCGUACUGUUGGCGUUGACUUCGCUGGUCCGUUCCUCACGCUAAAUAGAAAGGGUCGAGGUGCACGAUUAACUAAAACCUAUUUAUGUUUGUUUGUAUGUUUUCGCUAUAAAUGUGUGCACCUGGAAGCCGUCAGUGAUUUGUCCAAAGACGCUUUUAUUAUGACAUUACGCAGAUUUAUAUCGCGACGGGGCAAGCCAGCGGAGAUAUUUUGCGAUAACGGCCGCAACUUUGUUGCAGCUGCUAAGGAAAUAGGCAAUUUUCUUAAAACCAAUCAUGAGCCUGUAGUUGAUUUUGCUACCAAUGAAGGUGUGAAGUUUGUGUUCUCUCCCACGUAUGCUCCACAUUUCGGCGGCAUCUGGGAGGCUGGCGUUAAAUCCGCGAAAUACCACUUAAAACGCGUUAUGGGAAACAAUCAUUUAACAUUUGAGGAGAUAUGUACCCUUUUCACACAAGUGGAAGCUGUACUCAACAGUAGACCUUUAUGCCCACUCUCCCCUUCCCCUAACGAUUACCAUUUCCUAACUCCCGGUCACUUUCUGAUAGGGCGUGCCUUAAAUGCAUUGCCUGGUCCAUCGCUCGAGCACGAGAACCAGAACAACCUUCAACGCUACAUGAAGCUUGAACAAAUACAUCAACAUUUUUGGCAGCGCUGGCAAAGGGAAUAUGUAGCAGAGCUACAGCAGCGCUCAAAAUGGCGUACUAAAUCAGCAUCCCUAAAGGUCGGCGACUUAGUUCUUCUCCAUGAGGAUAAUGUCCCACCACUCAGUUGGCGAAUGGGACGAGUCAGCCGCCUGUUCCCGGGGACCGACGGAGUCACGCGAGUCGCAGAUGUGCAAACUACCAGAGGUUGCUUCAGGAGACCUCUCACUCGGAUCUGUCCCUUGCCUACAUCUUUACCGGAUGAAGACUGAUGUAGUUGAAAGGAGUCUUUCAACGGGGGGGAAGAUGUCUGCGCCAUACCUACGCCUAGUGAUUUUUAAUAGCAACAAGUUACACUUUGAUGUGAUACUAUCAAAUAAUUAUUUUUUUGUUUUACGUUCACCCGCAAACUUUUUAUAUUACUCACUUCUAUAUUGUACACGGUUGCGUCGCCAGAAAAUCUAUAAUUUCAUUUUGUAAAAUAUCAAGAAUUCAGAUUAUUAAACCUGUAUUGCGAAGAAA